AUGCCGACCCCGGGAAUGGACCGAUACGCCCGGGAAGACCUCUCAAUCGUCACCUACAACGUCCACGGCCCCAACGUACGAGAGAAGCGCUCCAGACUCAUGCGAGACCUUAAACACUACAAGACCUCCAUAGCGUUUCUUCAGGAAACACACUUCCAGGAAGGCAGAGCGCCAGCGCUGAAAGACCGCUACUUCCGGCAGGGAUACUUCAGUAACAACCCGGACCGGCGCACACUGGGAGUGGGAAUCCUCUUCUCUAGCCAGAUCCCGUAUGUAGAGCAAGCCACACUCAGAUGCAAACAAGGAAGAUACAUCUUUACGAAAGGCACCAUUCUAGACCAGACGUACACCUUUGCCAACCUCUACUCUCCAAACACAAAACAACACCUCUUCCUACGUACUGCACUCAACACACUGAUGAAAUUCGCAGAAGGCACCCUGAUCGUCGGCGGGGACCUCAACUUGCCACUGCACGCAGAGCAAGACUCAACAGCCAAACACGGGCCCACACCGGACAACAGAAACGCCAGAACGCUGCGCACCAUCCACUACCAUCAACUUGCGGACUGCUGGCGCGCACUACACCCAUCGACACGCGAUUACACAUUCUACUCCAUAACGCACUCGACAUACUCUAGACUAGACAAUUUUCUCAUGCCACACCGCGACCUCGUCCUCCUCAACAGGGCGGAAAUACUACCUAUGACGUGGUCAGAUCACUGCCCGGUUCGAAUAACAAAAAUCGCCCCUUUACAGACCGCGACAAACCUCCUGGAGAUUGAAUGAAUCGAUCCUCUCGGACGUACUGGUGGUGGAAAAGACCAGGCAGUCCAUACAAGACUACUUCACAGACAACGAGCAAGGCGACACGACACCCCUGACAUGCUGGGAGGCUCAUAAAGCGGUGAUCAGGGGACAGCUAAUUACGACAUGCGCCACCCGCAAACGAGAUGCAACGCAGGCAACGAUAGCCCUCAGCAAGGAGAUCGCAGCCCUGGAAACCAAACACAAACGCACUCUAGACGCGGAGACAUACAGAGACCUGACCGUCAAGAGGGAACAACUCUUGACACUCCUGAACCGCUCGAUACAGCGCUCAUACCAACACUUCAAACACAUAAUUCAUGAACAUGGGAACAAAUGCGGGAGGCUACUGGCGAACCUACUAAAACAACGCAAGUCCCAACUGUACAUCCCGAAAAUCAAAGGCCCUCAACAGCAACACUUACACCUCCCGGACCAAAUAGCAUCCACAUUCCUCACCUACUACCAAGGACUAUACAAUCUGCGUCAAGACACGCUAGAGGAACCACACCGCCACAAACUCGAGGAGAUCCAGAGAUACUUAGAUACAGCGAGCGGAACCAGACUAGAAAACGCCGACCGAGAAAAUCUGGAAACCCCCAUCUCAACUGAGGAACUGGCCCUCGCCAUCAAAAAG